AUGACUGCUGUCGCGAAUCCGGACCUUAAUUUAUCGGCAGCCGGCUGGGAUCGGGAAACUUUGAACAGCCUCCAAUUGUACUCGAAUAAUUACAAUCUAAACUUGUUCAAUGAUGUCAAUGAUACCAGUAAGUUGUAUUUUAAUUUUUCAAAAGUGUGAGAAGUUUUUAAAAAAUCCAAAAAAAUGAAAAAAAAAGUUUUUUCUCGGGUUGUUAAGUCGUCAACUUGACGCGUCAGUCACGUUGUCCAACUGCCGUCAUUUUAGUCAUAUCAAGUUGUGCUGUCAUUUUGAUUGUCAAAUUGAACCUUUUGGAAAAUUUUUUGUGGAUUUCAGCUAGAAAAUCGUAAGAAUUUAAAAUUUUUAGGAACUAAAUUGUUCCUUUUUGCCAUCUUUGCGGAUUUUCACUACAAAAUAAAUCAAAAUCCAGCAAUUUUCUUAUCAAAAUUUGACAAAAAUUAUGGUUUAUAUAAUACAAAACCCAUGUAAAAUAACAUAAUCCUUUCUCCAAAAAAUGACAUAAUUAUUUUCAGGUUCCUCCUCCUCCUCCAAUCUCUCCUUCAACAAGAUGAAGCCGGCAGAUGUCCAUUUAAUGCUGGCCCGCGCCAUUCAUCGUCGCAAAUCGAUUCUGUUCGCGCAGCCCGGCCGCGGAAGUAACGUAACCCAGCAGCGAAAGGAAGAGGAAUGGGAGUCGCUGCGCAAAGAGAUGGUGGCGAACGGAGUCUCCAGAUUCGAACGCAAAACUUGGCAGACCGUGCGGGAUGUGGACUUCCAGCAGAUCCGCCGAAAAGCGAUUCAUCGACAGACCCUGGCCCAACAAGGACAUGGAGCGAUGCCCGAGACUGAGUUCGACCUGAUUAUGAUGGAGAUUCUGAACUCAAAUGAGACCAGAUUCGGAGUGAUGGAGUUUAAGAAUGAGAAUGGAUCCUCUCCGGCGUCGGAGAGGUAUACGGAGUCGCCGCAAAACGCCUUCGACCCGCAGAGUCAAGCGGUCGCGAGUCUGUUGAAUUCGUUGAUUAACUCGCAAACUGGAAGUGCCGAAGCCUUUGCUCAGGUAAGACUACAAUCUACAAAGUAUUUUAAGUUAUCCUAAAAAGCGUUUAAAACAUUGAACAAUCCCUCUUGGAUCCCUCUUCGGAAAAACCUCAAAAUUUUUUAGUUUUUUGCUUCCCUCUAGCUAAAUAAGAUGAGAUUAUGUAAAAAAAAUCCGCGUAUUUUACCCUCCUAUUUUUUUCAGUUCGCCGUCAACUCGCAUCAGCCGGUGGAAGAGCCAAAAACGGCCGAAAAGCGCGCCAAUUCCAAUGUCAGCGCCGCGCCCACGGAAUCCUCGGCCAACUCCGUCCACAACGAGACGGUGCAGCCCGCUCCAGCCAGUCCCCUGACCUCGACCGACUCCAUGAAACGCGACAUCCUCCUUUCGCAACUCCGAACCCAACAAUUGUACGAGAAAGCGGCCGAAAAACAGUUGGAAAAGUCCGAGUUCGAAGCCGAGUUGGCGAAAAUGAAGCUGGAAAAGUACAAAGAAGAGGUCAGACAGUUGGAGAACAGUCGGAGUCGAGUGGUGGACGAGGACGACGGUCCCUGCUUGAAGAGAGCGCGCACGGAAGAGCCUUCGGUUUAA